AAUUUUUACCCAUUGCGACAAAACGGAAGGUUAACUUCCUCUUUUUUUACGUUUUAGAGUUUUUCUUCUCCGUAAAUUUGAUUCUUAUAAGAAUUUUCUUCUGUGAUAAAGAAAUAUCAGAUACCUAAAUGCAUUUGGAUACAUCGCCAUUUUGUUAUUUCUUAAUGUUGAGAAUAUGCUGUUGAAUAUUCUUCUGGUGACAUUUUGUAUUCAACUACAAUAUUCUUCUGGCAUUAUGCGAUUUGAUAGUAAUGAUGGUUUUCCUAGUAUUAUGCGAUUUAGUCAAUUUGGAGGUGUAUAUUUUAGCCCCAACGAAAUCUAUCGCAGAGUGCCUGAAAUUAGAGGGCGAAAAAUGAAGAUGGCCUUAAUGGAAGUCAGCCCAAACUAUGGCCAGUCCUGCUUCGAUCCUGCUGAUCUGGUGAAAAGAACUAGCCGGGCCCUAUUUGCGAAAGGUCAAGAGCCCUAUCGAAUGGGCAAUUUGAAAUUUUCAGUGCCCUUAAGAUCUGCAGUAAGAUCAAGACAGACUAAUAUUUAUGUGGAAAGACUAUCGCUCUUUGGUUUAUCUGAUUUUAGUUUCAUUGAGGAUGCUAAAUCAGAUGAACAAGGUGGAUGUCCAGUGAUGUUUUUUAAGUGGGGUCGCUUAAGAGCGAUUUGCACAAUUAUUGCAGAACUUGAGGGGCUGAAGAACACUGGUGAGUGUGAACUGAGAACAGAAGAGCCAUUGUACAUGCGUGUUCGAUUAGCGAAAUCAGAACCUGUUGAUCCACAAAUUGAAAUGUCUCAGGUUAAUGACAUGACUGUUGAUGUUCAAGGUCUUGAAAUAACUUCAGAAGAAUCAAUGGCAGAGAUUAGAAGAGAGCUUGAAACCACUUUGAAAGAAGCCAUAAAUUCUGAGGUCAGAGAUAUUUUAACAGACUUUGUACAGAACAGUUUAUUGAAGCAAACUACUUCGAAGUUAACUUAUAAAUUGGAAGAUAUUUGAAGCAUUAGUGGUUAAAAUUAUUAUAUCUGGUUGCCUUUAAUUUAUUUAUUAAAUAUUCUGUGUUAUUUCUGUUUAUUUAAUUUUUACAAAUGAAGGAAAUAGUAGGUAUUAAUCUGCUACAGGAGAUUAAUUAAAUUAUUAUUGCGUGUAGUUGAGCUUGUUUAUUACAAGACCUGCUUUAACAAAGAAAUUUUUAAUAAUUGUUUAUUUUAGUGUUAAAAGCCCUAUUAUCGUUUUUCAAUGUUCGGCUGUGUUCAACUAUAAUCCUAUUCAGCUUAAGCUAAGUAUGCUUUCAUUAAAGUCAUUAAGAAGUCCAAUAAAGUUUAUCUAACUUCAUUCAUGUGCUUCUGUGCUCAUUGCAUGUUUGCAUUAAAGUUUUUCAGUGACUUUUGGUUACGAACUUGUAAACUUCUCUAUCGGGGCCUUAGCUUAACAGUUUCUCUGGUCGUGGAAAUAUAAAGUUGGUUGUACUUCAUCUAAGCGUUUAUUGAAGACUUGUCUCAAGCGUUGAGGUUCUACAAUGACUUCAGGGCAAAAUUAACAGGUAUUUCUGCCUUAAAUUCUCACCUUAAUCUCUCAGUCAUCCGGCCUAUAUUUAAUCAUAUCAUAAUUUGUACUGUACGGUAC